GACGAAGAUUUUGAUCCUUCCUAUGAGACAUUGUUGUCUCUGGCCUCUUCUAUCGGAGACGUUCGGCCUCGCUCCACUCCAGAGCAUAUUAUAGCUUCAAUGCCCACCGGAUUCUAUAAAGAUUGGGCUGAAGCUGAAAGUGACACCAGAUGUCCCAUCUGUCUGGAUGAUUACAAAUCACUGGACCCCGUUUUGAAGAUGCAUGACUGCCGGCAUUGGCUGCACAAGGAAUGUCUGGAGAAAUGGCUCCGAAGCGCGACGAGCUGUCCGGUCUGUCGCGAGCAAGUGAGGCUCGGUAGUGGACCAUCCCAUGCGCCUGUUGCUGGACCGAGUACGCAGGGCCAGCACCAUGGGCACGAUUCGGACGAGGGAGACUCGGACGAGAUAGAGUGGUUUAUUGGACCCCCGGGUUAUCCAUUCAGGUCUAGACGGAGCCGACGCCGCGGAUGA